AUGAAUAAGAAUGAUGCUGAUCAUGCGAUACAACUGGCAACAACGAAAGCUGACAUGCACGCCGCUUUGGAAACGAAGGAUAGAGAGAUUGAAUCUUGGAGGUCAAAAUGUCGCGCUUUGGAGGUACAAGACGGGCAAGCAAAUGAGCGUUGGCAAAAGAAAGUGGACGAACUACAACAAGUAAUUCAGGUGUAG